UAAUUACCUCGAGGAGGCUUUCAAAAUGAGAAAUGUCUUGGAGGAGUUUUUGGAACAUCGUCAUUGGCAACGAAAACCCACAAUUUUGGGUCUUCGGGAGCAUAUCUUUACUGGAAGUGUUUCAUCACUUGCUUGGUUCAUGUCCAAUCAGGAGACUAGUUUUGUUACUAUUGGGCAGCGAACUUUGGCAAACCCUCUUCGGGUUCGGUUCCAUUAUGGUCAUCCUGACAUAUUUGACAGAAUCUUUCACCUGACUAGAGGUGGCAUAAGCAAAGCUUCAAAAACAAUUAACUUGAGUGAAGAUAUAUUUUCAGGAUUUAAUUCAACUCUACGUGGGGGAUAUGUAACUCACCAUGAAUAUAUCCAAGUUGGAAAGGGGCGUGAUGUUGGAAUGAAUCAAAUUUCACUUUUCGAGGCUAAGGUAGCAAAUGGAAAUGGAGAGCAGACAAUGAGCCGUGAUGUUUAUCGGCUAGGACGUCGUUUUGACUUCUAUAGAAUGCUGUCAUUCUACUUUACCACAGUUGGUUUCUACUUCAGUAGCAUGGUAACUGUGAUUAUUGUAUAUGUGUUUCUAUAUGGGCGUCUAUAUAUGGUAUUGAGUGGCUUGGAAGGGUCUAUUCUUUUAAGUGUCCAGCAGAGUAAUUCUCUUGAAGCGGCGCUGGCUACCCAGUCUGUCUAUCAGCUGGGCUUGUUGCUGGUGCUGCCCAUGGUGAUGGAAAUAGGCCUGGAAAGAGGGUUCCGCACGGCACUCGGUGAUUUCAUAAUCAUGCAGCUGCAACUAGCGUCUGUGUUCUUUACCUUUCAACUUGGAACAAAAGCUCAUUAUUAUGGAAGGACACUGUUGCAUGGAGGUGCUAAAUAUAGAGCUACUGGUCGAGGAUUUGUUGUGUUUCAUGCAAAAUUUGCCGAUAAUUAUAGGUUAUAUUCCCGAAGUCACUUUGUGAAGGGGUUGGAGCUGUUAAUGUUGUUGAUUGUGUAUGAUGUUUAUGGGAAGGCAUACCGUAAUUUGAGCAUAUAUUGGUUUGUCACUUAUUCCAUAUGGUUCUUGGUUGCCUCAUGGUUGUUUGCUCCUUUUGUGUUUAAUCCUUCUGGAUUUGAGUGGCAGAAGACAGUGGAUGACUGGACAGACUGGAAAAGGUGGAUGGGCAAUCGUGGUGGUAUUGGUAUCCAACAGGAUUUAAGUUGGGAAUCCUGGUGGGAAUCUGAACUGGAACACUUAAAACACACAGACAUCUGGGGUCGAGUGCUUGAGAUAAUCCUGGCAUGUCGUUUCUUUAUCUACCAAUAUGGCAUUGUUUAUCACCUUAACAUAGCCCACAAUAGCCAGAGUUUUCUGGUUUAUGGACUUUCAUGGCUGGUCGCGGCUACUGUUCUGUUGGUUCUAAAGAUGGUAUCAAUGGGGAGACGGAAAUUUGGCACCGACUUUCAGCUCAUGUUCAGAACCCUCAAAUUGCUCCUCUUCUUUAGCUUCUUGUCAGUCAUGACCGUCUUAUUUGUAGUCUGCGGCCUCACAAUUGUGGACUUGUUUGCUAGCAUUCUUUGCUUCAUGCCCACAGGGUGGGCGAUACUUCUUAUUGGCCAAGCGUGCAGAUCCAUGAUGAAGGGUAUAGGAUUCUGGGACUCCAUAAAGGAGCUAGCAAGAGGAUAUGAGUAUGUGAUGGGAAUCUUAAUUUUCAUGCCCAUUGUCAUUUUGUCAUGGUUCCCAUUUGUUACAGAGUUUCAGACACGCUUGCUUUUCAACCAAGCAUUCAGUAGAGGUCUACAGAUUUCAAUGAUUAUAUCAGGCAGGAAGGAUAAGGCAUCAUCAUCAUCAUCAACUAGUUGAGACUUCAAAAAUGAAAUGGUACAUUGAUCUGUCAUCUUAGGGUUGUUCCAUUUUUAGGAGGUGCAGGAUCACAGUUAUCCUUACUACAGAACAGCAGAAAAUUGUUGUAGUCAUUGAUACAUUUAGCGUUUCUGAGAAUCUCUCAGACUUUUUAUGUUUUGAUAAUUAUUGAUUCACAAAUGUUUUGGAAAUGUAAAUGUAGACAGGACAUUGAACUUGUAAAUCAAUGGAUGCCAAAAUAUAAUUUUUGGAAU